GACGGGCUGACAUCUUCUGGCUGUCUGGCUGGACCUUAAGCUCGGCACCUUGACUCCGGGGCCAUCCUCUCUGCCUGCUGGAAGGGGGUCUUCAAACCGGAAGGGAAUGCUCACAUGUGUCCAUGGCCGCCAUAAGGGUGUGCUGUGGGAGGGACAGUCCCGCCACAGCACCUGUCACCCCUCCUGCCACAGGGAGGGCCAGGUCAGGAGCGGCGGCUGUGUGCAGGGCCCCCCUCGACAUGUCUGCAGACCCAGGGAGACCUUCCCAGAAAGUGGGGCCUGACAAGGACUGAAUGCUGGAGCCUUGUGGAAGGAGAAGGAAGAGGAAGGGGACAGGCAUUUACGGAGCAUUAGGUUCACGAGCCCACUGAAUUUGCACGGCCCUUGAGGAGACAGCUGCACCCCCACUUUACAGAUGGGGAAAUGGAGGCAUGGAUUGGAACUCAGGUGAGGAGGCAGGGAGUGGGUGAGCAGGACUCCUUUUUGGACAGACAAGACCAGAGGGUGAAGCAGGAAUAACUCGCCCCUCCCCCCCACCUCCCCAGCAAGAAAACCUUCUCGACAAACAGGAGAAGCCAAGCAGGACUGAGCGCCGCCCGCCCCUCCCAACAUCUUUCCAAAGAGAGGCAUGUGGGGCCUGACAGCUCAGCAGCGCAUGUCAGCAGCUCCAGCCCCGUGGUGAACAUCUGAACUCCUCAGCGGGGUAAUGGACCCCCUCCUUCCCCCCGGAGACACAGCCUGAGUGGCAGGAAUACCGAGUCUUUGGAGAGUGGCUCCCUCUCAGCUCUGUCACGCAAGACCGCUCUCUGCACCGGAGCCCAUUCUGCCAAGUGACUUAAAGGGAUUUAAAAAAAAAAAAAAAACAAAACUUGGUGAAGAAAAGGGGGUAAAAGCCACGCAGAAGCCUUUCAGAGGAGGUGGCGGCCAACAGACAAAAGGGCAAAAGUUGGAAGAGGACAGCGAGAGGCCACCUUGGCAGGAUGGACACCAGGCUCUAGGGCAUGCCUGGGGAGGAGGGGCCCAGAACACCGUCCGGCAGCACAAGGGAGUCCCGGGGCUGCAGGGGGUGCCUCUGCAGGCCCCUCAUGCACGCCCCUCACUCCGGGGGGAGAGGCCAGCAGCGCCUGGAGCCUGUGGGACAGAGCAUGCUACUCCAGCCCUGCAGCCAAGUCUGAGCGCGAGGAGCCCCGCAGAGCAGAGCACGGGGGUCCUGCCCGCUCCCCGGGGUGCCCCUAGCUCCACGCAACACCCCAGCUCUGUGGCCUGCACCUGCAUGCCAGGGCCGCGGGAUCGUAAUGUGAGUGUGUCCAGGCCCACCUCAACCGGAAGCAUCCAGAACAGAGACCCCAGCCAGACCCAGCAGGCUCCGGGGCUGCAGCUCAGGAGGUGUUGAGGCUCCCCAUCAGGCGGGGCCCGGCGCCCCCAGCCACCCACCAUGGUGGUGGCACACCCCCCCGCCACCGCCACCCCCGCUGCCACCGUCACGGCCACCGUCGUGAUGACCACGGCCACCAUGGACCUGCGGGACUGGCUUUUCCUCUGCUGCGGGCUCAUCGCCUUCCUGACGGAGGUCAUCGACAGCACCACCUGUCCCUCGGUAUGCCGCUGUGACAACACCUUCAUCUACUGCAACGACCGGGGACUCACUUCCAUCCCCGCUGACAUCCCUGACGAUGCCACCACCCUCUACCUGCAGAACAACCGGAUCAACAACGCCGGCAUCCCCCGGGACCUCAAGACCAAGGUCCACGUGCAGGUCAUCUACCUGUACGAGAAUGACCUGGACGAGCUCCCAGUUAACCUGCCCCGCUCCCUGCGGGAGCUACACCUGCAGGACAACAACGUGCGCACCAUCGCCAGGGACUCACUGGCCCGCAUCCCGCUGCUGGAGAAGCUGCACCUGGACGACAACUCCGUGUCCACUGUCAGCAUCGAGGACGAUGCCUUUGCCGACAGCAAGCAGCUCAAGCUGCUCUUCCUGAGCCGGAACCACCUGAGCAGCAUCCCCUCAGGGCUGCCCCGCACGCUGGAGGAGCUACGGCUGGACGACAACCGCAUCUCCACCAUCCCGCUGCACGCCUUCAAGGGCCUCAACAGCCUCCGGCGCCUGGUGCUCGACGGCAACCUGCUGGCCAACCAGCGCAUCGCCGACGACACGUUCAGCCGCCUGCAGAACCUCACUGAGCUCUCGCUGGUGCGCAACUCCCUGGCCGCCCCGCCCCUCAACCUGCCCAGUGCCCACCUGCAGAAGCUGUACCUGCAGGACAACGCCAUCAGCCACAUCCCCUACAACACGCUGGCCAAGAUGCGCGAACUGGAGCGCCUGGACCUGUCCAACAACAACCUCACCACGCUGCCCCGCGGUCUGUUCGACGACCUGGAGAACCUGGCCCAGCUCCUGCUGCGCAACAACCCCUGGUUCUGCGGCUGUAACCUCAUGUGGCUGCGCGACUGGGUGAAGGCGCGGGCGGCCGUGGUCAACGUGCGGGGCCUCAUGUGCCAGGGCCCCGAGAAGGUCCGGGGCAUGGCCAUCAAGGACAUCACCAGCGAGAUGGACGAGUGCUUCGAGACGGGCUCACAGGGAGGCGCGGCCGAUGCUGCUGCCAAGACCACGGCCAGCAACCACGCCUCUGCCACCACACCCCAGGGCUCACUCUUCACCCUCAAGGCCAAGAGGCCGGGGCUGCGCCUCCCCGACUCCAGCCUCGACUACCCCAUGGCCACGGGCGAUGGCGCCAAGACCCUGGUCAUCCACGUGAAGCCCCUGACGGCGGACUCCAUCCGCAUCACAUGGAAGGCCACGCUCCCUGCCUCCUCUUUCCGGCUCAGCUGGCUACGCCUGGGCCACAGCCCAGCUGUGGGCUCCAUCACGGAGACACUGGUGCAGGGGGACAAGACGGAGUACCUGCUGACGGCUCUGGAGCCCAAGUCCACCUAUAUCAUCUGCAUGGUCACCAUGGAGACCGGCAACACUUACGUGGCUGACGAGACGCCCGUGUGCGCCAAGGCCGAGACGGCAGACAGCUCCGGCCCCACCACCACGCUUAACCAGGAGCAGAACGCAGACCCCAUGGGGGGCCUGCCCCUGGCGGGCAUCAUCGGUGGUGCCGUGGCCCUCGUCUUCCUCUUCUUGGUCCUGGGGGCCAUCUGCUGGUACGUGCACCGGGCCGGUGAGCUGCUGACCCGGGACCGGGCGUACAAUCGGGGCAGCCGGAAAAAGGACGACUACAUGGAGUCCGGGACCAAGAAGGAUAACUCCAUCCUGGAAAUCCGAGGCCCCGGGCUGCAAAUGUUGCCCAUCAACCCUUACCGCGCCAAAGAGGAGUACGUGGUCCACACCAUCUUCCCCUCCAACGGCAGCAGCCUCUGCAAGGGCACGCACACCAUUGGUUAUGGCACCACACGGGGCUACCGGGACGGCGGCAUCCCCGACGUAGACUACACCUACACAUGAUGCCAGCCGCACGGCCGCCUCCGCCCCAGCUCCCGCCGCCCCCCCGGCCUGGCAACGACGUGGCUCUGCCCAGCCUGCUGCCAUCCCAUAGAGCAAGGAGAAGGAAUUCCACGAUGACUUUCCCAGCAGAAAGCAAAGUUUGGGAAGGGGCGACGAUUUUACGGAACACAACAGUGGAAAAAAAAGAUUUUUUUCUUUUCUAAAGAAGAGACGGUAGGAGGGGGAUUUGACGUUGCUGAAGACAUAAUUUAUACCAAAUUAUGCCAGUUGGGGAGGGAAGGACUAAAAAUAAUAUUGCAGGAAGGGUUGGGUCAGGGUUUUGUUUUUUUUUCCCCUGAACUGGAAAGACACCACCUGUAUAGUGUCUGUCUACGCCUCGCGCUCCGUUCAAGGCCGUCACAAAAGAACCGGCAGAGAGCACAGCCAACACGCGAAGCCCCCACGCAGCUCUCGCUGCCGGCUCCUCGCUAGUGACAACGACAUGAGGGAAGGUUUUCAGGCUCCUCACAAAGGAGAGGGGGAAGAAAAGAUCUUUUUGCUAUGGAGAUAUUGUCCUGAAACCUCUUCCCUGGUUCUUUCCGUACCGUUUCCCUUACAGAUUUGCAGAAAGAGCACGUCUUUCACUGCAUUCUUUGAACAAUGGUGUAGUCAAUUAAAAAGCAAACUUUCUUUUUCCUAUA